AUGUCUGCCAAGGAGCCCACCCGACAACAGCUCUCAUCUCGUCUACAAUACCAAUCUCAUGUACCUGCAUUUUUACAGAAAUUUCAGAAUAAAAUUCAGGGCAUAACAGACGAAGACGAGGAUGAGCCACAGUACUAUGACGACGGUUCGGGUCGUCCACCGAUACCUGUCCGUCCUGCGAUACCCGAACGACCUGACGAUGACCCCGGAAAUGUAGACGAAGAUGACGUCGAUGAAAGACCUCAGGUAGUUGUGCUGAAAGAAGGCAAGCAUCUCACAGAGAGGGAAGCAGAGAAUGAGAGGCGGAAAGAGAAAGGACUGCCACCACUUCCUGAUACCAACAAGACAGUCGACAAUGACACCAAGGAUGAUGAUGCAAAACCAGACGUGGGUUCUUCGAAGAAGCGCAAAGAGGUUGUCAGUCUGUCGUUUUCCUCUUCGGGUGCGAAGGCACAACAAUCCAACAAACUCAAGCGGAAAGUUGUUGGAGAUUUGGAUGGCAGUGGUGAAGCCACCAAGAAAACAUCGAAGAAAAAGUCGAAGAAACCACGGAAAGGACCACUCUCAUUCGGAGAAGACGUGUAG